AUUUUUAAGAAAUCUAAGCCUUCGACGAUACACGCGUCAAAUUGAUGUACAAAGAUAUAUUUAAAAGGGUAUGUUUGAUAAUUAUUCGACGAAUAACAAGAGUGAAUAUCGUUCGAAAUAGAGAACAAGAAUCGACGAUAAACAUUCCAUCAUAGUCCAACUUAGAAGUGGAAAAAAAGCUGGCCAAACUCGCGACACGGUGACGAGACGGCUUUAAACGACGCCCAUCUAGAUUUAGACCGACCGUAAAGGAGACUCCAAUAGUCAUUUUAAUACGAAGAAUGCAAGAGAGUUAUCAUCCCAAAAGCUGCUACAUAUGUACGAUGUUAUCCUGGGACGCGCCUUCUAUAAGAUCGUAUAUUUUAAACGUGAGGCGGACACACGAAUUGAAAGAUUGGUUGCAGUUUAGUAUUUUGAACUCCGUUUGAUGACCUUUACGCGGCGAGAAAGAUUAGGCGAAUUAUAGGCGCCAGUGCAGAAAUAGAUAUGCAAUGGGAGUCAAUGUGGAAUAGCUUAAAGAGGAUAUAAGGCGAGUCGAGGUGGCGCCAAGCUCAAGAAUUUGUAUGGCAUACCUCACAGGCGAGUUACGGCAUAUAAAUGGGAUAUACUUAAACCAGUCUGUGACGGAUUUGUCUUUUGCGACGGAGAGAGCAAGUGAAAAAGCGAAAAGAAGAGAGAGAAAGCACGAUAGAAUGAUCUAUCUAUAAUAUUUUCUUUCAUGUCGUGCACCGUGCAAAGCAGUUAAGCAAAGGUCAAAAGUUACGAGCAAUCAUUCCGUUUAUCGGUUCUGCAAACACACGCCUGCAGCGUGUGUGCAACGCGAUAGAGACGACGGGAGGGAGGAGAGGUUGAUGAAUCCUCUCCGUCGAUGCGGAGUCGAGCCGACGAAAACUUCUUCGCAUCUACGUCAUGGUUCACGAGUGAAAACGAGAGAUAUCCCUUCUCCGUAGCAAAACUUCUGGACUAAUGGGACAAAUGUAACAAUAGACAGAAGUUGCCUCGCGCAUCUAACGGGGACUGGAUUUAAAGUAAACGCGGUAGCCGCGCGACGAGGGAGAGCCAGGAACGUGCCGUGGGACACGACAAGGGAGAGAAACACGACAGGGAGCAACGAGGCGAACAACAACAGGGGAAGGAGGAACAAGAAUACGCGUAGUACACCAGGGGAGGUGUAGCGCAAGCGAGAGCGCAGGGGGAGAGCAGAGCAGAGCCGAGCCGGGCCAGGCCGGGCCGGGCUUGCUGGCUCAUUCGCAAGCGGCCGGUAGAAAAAGAAGAUGAGCUUGUCGAUGUACGUACGUGCGUAACGUACGACGGAGGGAAUAGUAAGAAGAGCGAAGAAGAGCUCUCCAGAGGGAGACCCUCGCGCGGCGCCACGGUGGGUGCCGACGCGACGACUAUAAGUAAGUCUCGCGCGGCGCGCCGCGGCUUAAUGCUGCCGUUGCCGCGUCCGUGGCGUCAGGAGGAAGGUCCAUCGGUGACGACGACAAGCUUCCUUUUCCCGGCCGGUCCCCGCGGAGGCAACGUAGAAGAGAGAAAGAGGGAGGCGCGGUGAACUUGUAUUCCCAGGAGGAUGGUGUGGAUCCAGCGACAGCGCAGAUAACACGUGGUUGUCAUUUGCUGCUGCUGCUGCUGCUGCUACUGCGACUUUGUCGGUUCCUCCUGCCUUCAGUGUUGAUCAGUGAUCGGCGGUGUGGCAGUGUUCAAUUUUCCGCGCUAUGCGAGAUUGUAUUAACGUUCGCGUUUCUUAACGAAAAACAAUCGUUAACGAUUACUGUCGCAAAAAACCUGUACACAGUGUACGAGUAGUAUCGAGUGACGUGGAGGAGGUUUCUCUCUUGCAGAAAGUGAUCGCGUAGAGGUGGUGCGCGCGGUCACCACGUUUCGCGAAUUUCGUCACUGUUACAGUAUAUCCUUAUCGCCACUUUCCGUCCUGCAAUUAUACCGUUGUAAUUAACCGGCAGCAUGUCGGGCACGAUCUUCACGUUGUUGGGGCUCGUGGCUAGCGCGAGUUUUGAUUGCGCUUUACGCCUCCAGAUCAACCCGUGCACCUGCCGACAGGAGUUUUCCGGUUCCGUUAUCAACCAGGCGCAGACCUCGGCGGUGACCGCGUCCACCGGUGGUACCAUCAACGCGGGCGUUAAUAACAAUGCCGGGGGCGGCGGUCACCAUGUCGGGGAACGUAUGGAAGUCAUGUGCGAGAAGAUGAAGUCGUUCGCUGAGCUGGCCGGGGCGCUGGGCGGCAAAUUCGAGCCCGAGCAACAAAUCACCCUGCGGGUCGCGCAUUCGAAUCUGCACGACAUAUCGCGUCACGACUUCAAGGAGCUGCAUAUGUCCAUCACCCGACUCGAGCUGAAUCACGAUCAUCUGGGGGUCGUGGACGACGAUGUUUUCGCCGGUUUGGGUCGGACGCAAUACUUGAGUCUCGCGGACAACGAAGUACCGUCGAUACCGAGGCAAAUCCUGUCGCAUCUCUCGUUGCUGAGGACUCUGGAUCUCAGCAGGAAUCGGAUAACCCGUAUCGAUUCGGAUGACUUCAAGUAUAAUCCGAUGCUUCAGCACUUGGCCAUGGCCGGAAACGCGAUUUCCGAGAUGACCCCGGGUUCGCUGCCGCCUCUGGUCAAACACUUGCACGUCGGCAGAAAUCAUCUGAACAGUCUGAAUCAUACUCUUAGGGAUCUAAAUCAACUCGAGUGGUUGCUCAUUAAUUCUAACGAGCUCACGUCACUUGAUGGUGAGCUACCGUCGUCCGGCCACAAUCUCAAGAUGCUUUACGCCGUGGAUAACAGACUGACUCAUUUGCCGGCCGAAUUCCGAUAUCUCCACCGUCUAGAGACUCUCUUCCUCCAGCACAAUAAGAUUCGCAAUCUCGACGGUACUCUGCAGAAGGCUAGGCGCUUGAAGUUCCUAGAGCUCUCGUAUAACGAGUUGCAAGAGCUGAACGCGGACGAUUUUAUCGAGGCCGAGAUGCUGGAGGAUCUCGAGCUCGGCCACAAUUCUCUCAAAUCUUUGGGUGGUGCGGACGGCGACGGAAACGGAAGUGUCCUGUAUCCCCUUAGGUCAUUGAAAUGCCUGAAUUUGACGCACAACGAGCUUUCCGAGUUCUCCCUGGCUUCCUUGCGCGGUUUGCGCGAGCUCAGGUUGCUCGAUCUAUCGAAUAAUCGGAUUGGUAGAUUGCGCAGAGGAAGACCGUCCUUCGAGAAUCUAGUGGAAGAAGAAGGUGAUGAUAUCGCAGGUGGCAACAUCCAGGAUUUGCGUCUUCAGCAUAACGCGCUGUACAGUCUGGACGACUCCCUGUUCCUGGGCAUGAAGGAGCUGCAGAGGCUCAAUCUCAGUCACAACGCGUUGGGUCCCGACAUUGGGAGAGGCGUCUUUCGCGGUCUCGAUAAUCUCCGCGUGCUCGAUAUCUCGCACAAUCAGUUCACGACUCUAGAAGAUAUAUCGGAGGCGUGGCUACCGUUCUUGGAAGAAUUGAAUGCGUCGCACAACCGUCUGAUGACCCUGUCCGGCCGAGACUUUCGCGGUUUUCCAGUGCUCUGUUGGGCCGACGUCAGCAAGAAUCUAAUACGUAUUCUCAUGCCGGAGCUAGUCGCUAAUACGCGAUGCACGAUUCACGGAGUCCCCGAUGUGCUACGUAUAUACCUUCAAGAUAAUCCUGUGAUGUGCGACGCCGGUCUGGCCGACCUGACCGUCGCGCUCGAGGUGAAUCACGCCAAAGUCUACGGGGUCGGUAGCAAUUGCCCAACCACGACGACGCUGGCACCCCGGACAACGGUGGAGAUAACGUCGGCGCUGCCCCCAGCACCGCUGCCGUCGACGUUGUUGCGGGUCGCCGCGGCUGUUGCCUCCGGCGCCAACGUAUCCUUUGCCGCCACUCUCGAAUAAGAAGGCUGCAUCGCCGCAUGGUGCAUGGUGGCUAUACGAAAAUAGUACUCGCGCGAACAUCCAUAUCCAGCAUGGUGAGAAAGAGAGAGAGAGCGAGCGAGAGAAAGAAAGAGAAAGGGGAUGAUAGGAUGAAGGAGAAGGGGUUGGUGAAAAUAUCAGAGAAAAUCGCGCGACAAUUUGUUGUGUUCGUUGGAUGGGGAAGGACGAAGAAGGCGAGAAAGACGACUAAAGUACACGAGCGGAGUUGGAUCGUCGAAAACGAAUAUACACGUCCAUUAGUGUGUAACAUUACAGAUUCGACGAGCGCUCUCGGUAACUUUCGUUUUCUCUACGACUUUGAGGGCGCGGUGUGUUUGUAUAUCUAUCUGCAUAUAUGCGUGUGUGUAGAUGGAGAAGCAACUUUGUGAUCGACGAUUUUUGGUACAAUCGUCGAAGGAAACGUAAUUUUUUUAGUCAUCAUCAAUCCCAAGAUGGAUCUAUACAGCUCCCAUACGCUUAGAACAAUUUUGAACGUCCAAAAAUAUCCAUUGGAUAUUCAGGCGAUAUACUGUGAGGAUCAUGUUUGUCCAUAAUAUCGAAAUAUAAUCUUAAAAUAAUUCGGAAAAAUAAAAAAAAUACAACGGAAUCAUUCGCGUACAAAGCAAUCAUUACUCUUCCGUUCAGAGACUCUUGUAUUGUAAAUAGUCUGUAACAGCGGAAAGUCUCGUUCGCGUAUAGCAAUAAGCCGUUCUUUAAUUUAGCAUUCCUUUUUGUCAUGUUGAAUACGAAAUAAUUUAGGUAAUAGCCAAUAACGUAUUCAUAUCCGGACGAAGCGUCAGUUCAUUUGCAAAACUCAGUUUUGCAUCAAUUCGCGAUACGUUCUCACAUCCGCUUGUCGUCAAAGCGUUUUUUUUCCUUUUAGAACGUAAGACAUUUUUUCGACAAAUUCACACGUUUGGUACAACGUAGUUACAAAUCAUAAGGCUAAACAUUGUCAUAUUUCACAAAAAAGAAUAUCUCAACGCGCGAAAUAUCCGAACGUGUCUCGCUAAUCAUCGCUUUCUAACAUUAGAUUUAGGUUUAGGCUUUCGACAUAUCACGUAACGGAACGAUGAUCCGAGUAUAGGAAUACGGUCGUAGCUUCUACAACGUAAUAAUUCACAGAAGACUUCGGUCUUCAAUCAAAUUCCUCGAUGGUCAUGUGUAUGCGUAUGAAUUCUCGGCGGGUCAAUGGAGCAAAUGAAAUCUGUUAACUUGUGCCACCGGCAUGAGCAGAUUGGCAGUGGGCGAUCAAUUGACUCCUUCGUUAACUCGUGCCAAUAGGGACGAAUUGUUAUCAGCGUGCCUCCACGCAUACAUAAUGUAUCAGCCCGUUUAUCCGUGGUAUAUCUAUAAUGUUCGGUUAUUUUACAUGCGCGCGUAUAUAAAAUUGAAAUAGAUAUUGCAUAUAUAUUUAUGUAAUAUUCGUUCGUAUAAAAAUUUGCGAAAAAUGCUGCACGAAAGACAUUUUCCGCUGGAAUCAACAAUGUAAUAAUUAAAUGUAUUAAUCGUAAAUCGAAUAAUUUAAAAAUUUGG